AUGACGUGUCAGAACCUGGCGGUGUGCUUCGGCCCCGUGCUGCUCAGCCAACGCCAGGAGGCCAGCUGCCAUAGCAACCGCGUCUUCAUCGACUCAGAAGAGCUGGCCAGUGCCCUGCACUUUAAGAAGCACAUCGAGGUGCUGCACUACCUUCUGCAGCUAUGGCCAGGUAACCUCCACCAUAGAGAUACAAUAUUACUAGAGUGACCUAUGUCAUAAACCUUCAUAACUCUAGAAUGUAGCGGAUAAUGGCAGCCAUCUUGGACAGGGAUAAAUUCAUAUCCAGUCAACUUCAUCCUGUAGGACCAUGUAGUACCUCUGGAUUUAGCAGUCUUUUAUAGUUGAUUAAUGACUAGGUUCAUUACUAGGUCAUUUCUCUUGCAGUGAAUGUAUGAGGCUUUUAAAUCAGGCAGUCUGUGAAUAUGAAUCACUGAGCCAACAACUUAAUAAACAACUAAUUACAUUGUACAGACUUUAAAAAGCACUCACCCAAAAUCAGACAAGACAUUUCCUAGAAGGGCACUAUGUUGGUGGAACUGCUUUCUAGUGCAAAUUGCUCCUAGCGCUGUGGUUCUGUUCCAAACAUGACUUUAAAAGGCUGGGCUGGUGCUUUGAUCUCUGGUGGUUUGGCUUGGCUGACACACACACACAGCAAUUAGCCAUUCGCUGCCAUCUGUUCGAUCGUCAUAGAUGAAAUGCUCCACAGAGUGCUUCAUCAUAUUGGGAGGGCCAAAGCCUUAUUGUAAACCAAGCUCAGUUGGUAGCGCCGCUUUUAUUUAAAUCACUGUCCAGAGAAUGCGUCCAAAAUGGCACCCUAUUUCCUAUAUAGUUCACUAAUUUUGUUCAGAGCCCUAUGGGCCCUGGUCAAAAGAAGUGCACUAUAAAGGGAAUAGGGUGUAAAGUGUCCAAUCAAAAACGCAUAUUUUGACCAAUGGGUAAAAUAAUAUGUUAAUUGUGUAGAUACAGUGCAUUUGGAAAGUAUUCAGACCCAAUGACUUUAUCCACAUUUUGUUAUGUUACAGCCUUAUUCGAAAAUUGAUUAAAUAGUGUUUUCCCUUCAUAAAUCUACACACAAUACCCCAUAAUGACAAAGCAAAAACAGGUUUUUAGAAAUGUUUGCAAAUGUAUUAAAAAAAAAACGGAAAUUUCACAUUUACAUAAGUAUUCAGACCCUUUGCUCAGUACUUUGUUGAAGCACCUUUGGCAGCAAUUACAGCAUUGAGUCUUCUUGUUUUGGUACCCUUCCCCAGAUCUGUGCCUCGACACAAUCCUGUCAUGGAGCUCUACGGGCAAUUCCUUCGACCUCAUGGCUUGGUUUUUGCUCUGACAUGCACUGUCAACUGUGGGACCUUAUGUAGACAGGUGUGUGCCUUUCCAAAUCAUGUCCAAUCAAUUGAAUUUACCACUGGUGGACUCCAAUCAAUUUUUAGAAACAUCUCAAGGACGAUCAAUGGAAAUAGGAUGCACCUGAGCUCAAUUUCGAAUCUCAUAGCAAAGGGUCUGAAUGCUUAUGUAAAUGAAAUGUGACCGACCGCCUCGAUUCGGUCUUAUGUAGCAAAAUUUGAAAUUGUGUUUUUUACAUUGGAUAAAAGUAGAGACUCAGAGCUAAAAAAUCGAAAAUGGUAUAUCAUACACUGCAGUUGAGGAACAAUGGGAAAGUAAUUCUGCUUUGAAAGUUGAUAAACUUGUAACCCCACUUUUGAGACAAUGGUCCUUGAAUGUUUUGGUAGAACUACUGGAGAGCUCUUCUUUGUCUACACCCAUUCAGCAUCGUUCACACCCUUAGCCCCACCCAUCUCUUUAAGGAUUCACAUGUGAGGCCAUGUGGUAAACACAUGCUAUAUCAAAUCAAAUCAAAGUUUAUUUGUCACAUGCACAGGAUACAGAAGGUGUAAACGGUACAGUGAAGUGGAUACUUGCAUAGUAGCAAUAUCAAAAACAGAAAGUGUCCAGAUAAAAAUAUUUUAUAAAUAUUUUAUCAUUAUUAGAUUACACUUACUCGACACACUAGUCAAAAUUGAUGGGUCAUGUGAAGGAAAUGCUAUAACCACCCCUCAGCCACAUCUAGCUAAGUGGAUGGGUCACUAUUGUCUAGACAUGUACACAUGUUCAUGAAAUACAAUAGAUGGUCGUAAUCACCCCCAGACACACAUGGCUAAUUUGAUGGAUGUAAUAAUCCGGCCGUAAUGGAGUCUUUUGUUUAGACAUGUAGCUAGCUAAACAAUGAACCAGCAUAAUCCCAACUCAUACUACUACCAAUACAAACAUUGUCAUAGCUGUAGUAUGAAUCUGUAGUAUGAAUCUGCAGGUAGCUAAAGCUAACAAACUAGGUUCAAUGUUAGCUAGCUAACAUUAGGCUAUAACUAGCAAGGCAAAUGGAAUUUCUGAUUUGAAUAAUAUUACUACACAGGUCAUACACGUAACAUUAGCAAGCGAGCCAGCAAGCGAGCCAGCAAGCUAACGUUUGCUAGCUAACUAACAGUACACUUUAACUUGCAAUAAAAAUGACUUUCUAACAAAAUUAGAAACGUAUAUCUGAAAAUGUAGCUAGACCCUUACCUGUAUACAUAAAUGAACGCUUCACGGCAGACUGGAACCAUUUAACUCCGUUUUGUUUGUAGCUACAUCUUGUUUGGCCAGUGUUGUAUCGUGAUGUGGCUUACUUUAAUGUAUGAAUGUUAUUUAUCGAAUCACCUAUCUAUGUUUAAUUGUCACUCGAUUCAAUUAAUCAUGUAACAAUUAACUCAUUAGGAAUUUGGGGCACCAUGGAAUAAGUUGUUUAACGAGUUACCAUUUCCCGAAUUAAACUCUUAGAAGAUACAAAUGUUAUAUAUCGAUAACAGUCACUUAUUAAAUAAUGACCUGUCUGAAUGAUCAGUCUCAUUCUGAACGUCGCAUAAUCCUGGAACCUGCAAGAACCCUAACCAUAUUGUUGAAUCAGCAAUACACAAAUUGGCUUAAUUAUUUAUUUACUAACUAACUAAAUAAUAACACAAUACAAACACACAUAGGUUAUUGAUUACUAACAUAAUACAAUGAAAACAGGUCCCUAGUGGACUGGACUAACAUUAGCAUGAAUGGUUGGGUAUUGGAGGGGUCAGAAUGGAAAGGAGAGACAGAGAUUCAAACUAUCAUAGUUACUUUGGAAACUACGCUCACAGUAAUCAUAAUAUUUAUGCAACCUAAUAAUCGCUAAUUCGGAUUAGAAAUGUAACAUGUAUUUACGUGUUGAUGUCCUCGAUAGUUGAGUUGAUGAUGUAGGACUCUGGUUUGCCCACCAGAGAUCUCAAUGUCCUUGGUAGAGUUUAUGGUUAGAAUGGAUACUUCAGAUCUACCAGCGGUUGUCGGAGAGGGAUUGUCCUCUAUCUCGUGUCUUUAGUGAAAGUUCUCUAGACGACUAUACAUGCCAGCUGCAGACUGAAAUGAUAAGGUCUAGUGCAUUGUCUUCUUCUUCACCUCGUGUAGAGGUUGAGAGUUUGAGUUUCUCCAUUUAAAAACGUGGGGACUAACGUCUCACGUUUUCUGGUCUUGUAGAAAUUCAACCAUGUGCAACGUUUAGCUCACGCUUCACGUCUGCUGGUCUGUAGCGUUUCAACCAUUUUAAGCCGUGGGGCUUGCCGGUCUGGUAGAAAUUCAACCAUUUGCAACGUUUGGCUCACUCUUCACGUCUGCUGGUCUGUAGCGUUUCAACCAUCCACGUCUGCUGGUCUGAGGUGAAUUUCGUCACAAGGAUUUUUAUGCACUCGGGGUAAAAGGGGCGUGUGCUCAUCUAGGCGUGGCCACUGACUGAGAACAAAUCAAUAUGGAAAACAAUCAUCUCAUCUAGAAUGCUAAAAUCACAUUGUGAUCUUCACAAAAGUAUUAUUAUACUUAAUCAUUCGUUUUAUACAACAAUUAGAUGCAAACCUCAUAACUGGGAAGUGUAGACCCCUAGAGAUACAGUUCUGUUGUUUCACCGUCUUUAAUGACAUUACAACAUAGUAACGAAUUUGACAUGAUUGUUCUUUAAGUCCCCACCAACCAUUUCCCACAUUAUUUUAAGUAGGAAUAUUGUUUCAUUAUCCACUUUUGGAUGUUGGAGUCUUGGCGGGAAGACUUCCUUUGUUAACAAAGGGGUCCUUUCUCCCAAUACUUCAUGGCAAAGAAGAGAAAGUCUGCACGGUAUUUACGACCGGUCAUAAAACUGGCCUCCAGGAAAGGGGGUGUUCAAACCUUUGCCUAGCCAGCAUGUUUGAUCCUCAACCCAUGAGGGCAAGUCGUGACAGUUGUGUCAUGUCACUCCGGUUAACACUGACCAUGGCGUGUGCAGAAAGUAGCCCAUCACUUUUUCCAACUGAUCUGUCGAUAGCGCCUGCUAAAUUCAGGGCAUCAAUAUUGUUGAGAAAAGUAGCAAAACUUUUGUAGUUCUCGAUGGCUAACGUUAUAUCUUUCAAAAACGGUGCGGUCGAAAGGACUGUCAACACAUACUGAACAGCUCACGUUACAGACAGAAGCAUGCUACAUGGCAGACCAAUCCAAACUCAUCUCCCGGCACGUCCAGCCCAACCAUUAUCUCAGCCAAUCAUGGCUAGCGGGAAGUUUCCUGUCUUUUUCUGUGGCUAAACCAACUAGGCUCGUAAUUUAACAAUUGUAUUCGUAUUUAUGGAUGGAAUACAAGUUUGUUAUUAAGGCACAUAAAAGUUCACAUGUUCCAGAAGGCAUUUCUGCCAAAAAACGCAUUUUGAUAAAUAAAUAAAUAUUUACGUUCAAAUGCCGCUCCUGUGAAGUAGUGACGUGUGACAUACGCCUUGUUUCCUGAAACAAGUCACAAAUAAGGUAUUUCUGUUUUUUAUUUUUAAUACAUUUGCAAAAAUUUGACAUUAUGGGGUAUUGUGUGUAGAUUGAUGAGAAAAAUAAAUAAUUUAAUACAUUUUAGAAUAAGGCUGUAAUGUAACAAAAUGUGGAAAAAGUCAAGGGGUCUGAAUAUUUUUUAGAAUGCACUGUAAUUCUCUAGAAAAACCAAUGGUCCAAACUUCUUGUCUCUAUCAUAAUCCGUUCAAACGUUAUUGAAGUUUUUACACUUGUAGCAUGGCCAGAAUUAGGGUGAUUAAAUAAAUGGAGGCCAGAGAAAAAAAGUGGUAAAAGAAUCUGGAAUAUUGCUUCGCGUCAGCUAGGCUGGAUUCUGUGCAAGAAUUAAAGCUACCUGACAGGCUCACUUUCCUUUUGAACUCGUCAUCUUUCUUCUCGAAUCCGCAGAACAUAAAACAGUAUAGAGGUAAGAUGGAUAUCGAUUUUGAGACAUGCAUGUAGCAUUUUCAUAUUUUAGUAUACACUUUUCAUAUUAAUUCGAAAUUCCUGUUCUUUUUCAAAGAUUUCUCACAAAAACAAUCGUAUCUCUGUGAAAUAUCAACGGAGCACUGAGCGUAUACUAAGCUUUUUAUUUUCAAAGCCUUUUACAGUUAUUUCAGCUCGUGUCAUGCUAAGUCUGCUUUUUGUGACCCAUGGAAACAACUUUGAAGAUGACGACCACAACAUGGAACAUUCUCAAAAGAUGUUACGAGAAACCUGCACUGCUAUGUCAACAGAGCUCAGGGCUUAUUAUCGGAUGUAUUAGGUUACGAAAUCCGACUUUAUUAUAUAAUGUUAAUGAUAUGUUCGAGAAAGACCACACUGAACGAUUCAAAACAUGAAUAAUCAUAUUUGUCUUGGUAAAAUUUAUUUUACAACAUAAGGAUGUGAAAUUUCAUCACCAAAGCGCGUUUUCACCCGCUCUGGGCAGAGUGGCUUGAUACCCUAUAGGGUGCUGUUUGGGAUGCAGACAGACACCCUGGACCAACUGUGGCUCUAUGGUUGGUCAUUUGUCUCCCUGUCCAACUGUUCUGCUCUCAGCAGCUGUCUUCUUUGUGUGCACGGUGAUAUGAGAACAGAUACGCACCGUAGAGUACAGGGAUAUAGGGAGGGAUAUGAGAGAGAGAGGGGUAUAAGUGUAGGGUUGCUAGGCGGUUUGGAUGUCAAAGCCUGUGCCGAUGGAUGUUCUGCCUAUGUUAUUGUUUAAGUCUGAGGAGGAUGGAAAAGAGAAGGCUCUAAGGCUGAACCUGUCUGAUCCCCUCAGAUCACUAACAUUCCAACUGCACUAACUGGAUUUAACUUCAUAGUGUUGUUUACGUAAGCUGAAUGGUGUAUCGCUUAAGCUUGAUUUCCCUUAUACAGUGCAUUCGGAAAGUAUUCAGACCCCUUGACGUUUACCACAUUGUGUUACGUUACAGCCUUACUCUAAAAUUGAUUAAAUUGUUUUUUUCCCUUCAUAAAUCUACACACAAUACCCCAUAAUGACAAAGCAAAAACAGGUUUUUAGAAAUGUUUGCAAAUGUAUAAAAAAAAAAACGGAAAUGUCACAUUUACAUAAGUAUUCAGACCCUUUGCUCAGUACUUUGUUGAAGCACCUUUGGCAGCAAUUACAGCCUUGAGUCUUCUUGGGUAUGACGCUACAAGCUUGGCACACCUGUAUUUGGGGAGUUUCUCCCAUUCUUAUCUGCAGAUCCUCUCAAGCUCUGUCAGGUUGGAUGGGGAGCGUUGCUGCACAGCUAUUUUCAGGUCUCGACAGAGAUGUUCGAUCGGGUUCAUGUCCGGGCUCUGGCCAGGCCACUCAAGGACAUUCAGAGACUUGUCCCGAAACGACUCCUGCAUUGUGUUGGCUGUGUGCUUAGGGUCGUUGUCCUGUUGACAGGUGAACCUUCACCCCAGUCUGAGGUCCUGAGCGCUCUGGAGCAGGUUUUCAUCAAGGAUCUCUCUGUACUUUGCUCCGUUCAUCUUUCCCUUGAUCCUGCCUAGUCUCCCAGUCCCUGCCGCUGAAAAACAGGCCAAAGAGUUCAAUCUUGGUUUCAUCAGACCAGAGAAUCUUGUUUCUCAUGGUCUGAGAGUCCUUUCGGUGCGUUUUGGCAAACUCCAAGCGGGCUGUCGUGCCUUUUACUGAGGAGUGGCUUCCGUCUGGCCACUCUACCAUAAAGGCCUGAUUGGUGGAGUGCUGCAGAGAUGGUUGUAUUUCUGGAAGGUUCUCCCAUAUCCACAGAGGAACUCUGGAGCUCUGUCAGAGUGACCAUCGGGUUCUUGGUCACCUCCCUGAGCAAGACCCUUUUCCCCCGAUUGCUCAGUUUGGCCGGUCGGCCAGCUCUAGGAAGAGUCAUGGUGGUUCCAAACUUCUUCCAUUUAACAAUGAUGGAGGCCAUUGUGUUCUUGGGGACCUUCAAUGCUGCAGACAUUUUUUGGUACCCUUCCCCAGAUCUGUGCCUCGACACAAUCCUGUCUCGGAGCUCUACGGACAAUUCCUUCAACUUCAUGGCUUGGUUUUUGCUCUGACAUGCACUGUCAACUGUGGGACCUGAUAUAGACAGGUGUAUGCCUUUCCAAAUCAUGUCCAAUCAAUUGAAUUUACCACAGGUGGACUCCAAUCAAGUUGUAGAAACAUCUCAAGGAUGAUCAAUGGAAACAGGAUGCACAUGAGCUCAAUUUCGAGUCUCAUAGCAAAGGGUCUGAAUACUUAUGUAAAUAAGGUAUUUCUGUUUUUUUAUAUGUAUUACAUUUGCUAAAAUUUCUAAAAACCUGUUUUCACUUUGUCAUUAUGGGGUAUUGUGUGUAGAUUGAUGAGGAAAAAAUUUAUUUAAUCAAUUUUAGAAUAAGGCUGUAACGUAACAAAAUGUGGAAAAAGUCAAGGGGUCUGAAUACUUUCUGAAUGCACUGUACAUGCAAGGCAAGCAGCUGAUCUUUAUUCACCUCGCUGUCCCUGCCCUCCAAAUUGAACCCCAUUCUGCUUAUUAACGGGUGUUAAAACGUGACCUUUCUUUUAUUUAUUUGUAUAUGAUUUUAUUUGAUAUUUUAUCAACAGUACAAAACAUACAACAUACAAAUGACGACAUCAUACAAACAUCAACUACAUCACUACUGUCCAGACCCACUAGCCCUCACCCCUAUCUCCAUCAACUACAUCACUCCUGCCCAGACCCACUAGCCCUCACCCCUAUCUCCAUCAACUACAUCACUCCUGCCCAGACCCACUAGCCCUCACCUCUAUCUCCAUCAACUACAUCACUCCUGCCCAGACCCACUAGCCCUCACCCCUAUCUCCAUCAACUACAUCACUCCUGCCCAGACCCACUAGCCUUCACCUCUAUCUCCAUCAACUACAUCACUCCUGCCCAGACCCACUAGCCUUCACCCCUAUCUCCAUCAACUACAUCACUCCUGCCCAGACCCACUAGCCUUCACCCCUAUCUCCAUCAACUACAUCACUCCUGCCCAAACCCACUAGCCUUCAUCCCUAUCUCCAUCAACUACAUCACUCCUGCCCAGACCCACUAGCCUCACCCCUAUCUCCAUCAACUACAUCACUCCUGCCCAGACCCACUAGCCUCACCCCUAUCUCUCACUCAACACUACACACAUCCUUGCCCAGACCCACUAGCCUUCACCCCUAUCUCCAUCAACUACAUCACUCCUGCCCAGACCCACUAGCCUUCACCCCUAUCUCCAGCGCUCGUAUCACUUUCCGCAACAUGGCCUCAAACUGCACGAUUUUGUUAAAACAUGACCUUUAGUACCCUCUCCACCUAUGGCAUGACCUUUAGUACCCUCUCCACCUAUGGCGUAGUGUAAGGGACAUCUAACCCCCAUGUUUUUGCGCCUUGUUAGUUGCUACCCCUGCCUAGAGGUGUGUCCUAAGUGAGUAACUCUAACCUUGACCAAGCCUGAAAUUAGCAUCUUGACUGGUCUACAACCCGAUGGUUAUAGACACGCACGUCUGUGCUCUCACACACACACACACACACACACACACACACACACACACACACACACACACACACACACACACACACACACACACACACACACACACACACACACACACACACACACACACACACACACCUCCUGUCCUUUAUGUCCCCUUUCUCAGCUCAGAGUGUAAUGUGGCCAGUCUAUAAUUUAAGGAUAUUCCAGUCCUUAGCCCUAACAUUUCACAACCAUUAUGGGAUAUGUCCAGCCUCUUCACGAGGUCCACACCUUCCACUGCAUUGUUGCAUAGGUUGUGUGAGUGUGUGUCUGGGGUUGUGUGAGUGUGUUUCUGGGGUUAUGUGAGUGUGUUUCUGGAGUUAUGUGAGUGUGUUUCUGGAGUUAUGUGAGUGUGUUUCUGGGGUUAUGUGAGUGUGUUUCUGGGGUUAUGUGAGUGUGUUUCUGGGGUUAUGUGAGUGUGUUUCUGGAGUUAUGUGAGUGUGUUUCUGGGGUUAUGUGAGUGUGUUUCUGGAGUUAUUGGGAGUGUGUGUUUGGGGUUGUGUGAGUGUGUUUCUGGGGUUGUGUGAGUGUUUUUCUGGGGUUGUGUGAGUGGGUUUCUGGGGUUGUGUAAGUGUGUUUCUGGGGUUGUGUGAGUGGGUUUCUGGGGUUGUGUGAGUAUGUUUCUGGGGUUGUGUGAUUGGGAGAGUUGGUUUGGCCUCUGUACAUGCUAUGUUUUCAAUGGGGGAGGAGGGUGUUAAUGGACUGUGUGUGUGUGGGCAGAUAUGUGUCUGUGUAUGUGACUCAUUGGCCUUGGUGACCGCUGUGCUUUUCUGGUGAGUGUGUGCGUGUGUGGGAGUGUGGGCGUGCUUGUGUGUGUGUGCACGUGUGCUUGCGGGCGUGUGUGUUUGGGCAGAGAGCAGGUGGUCAGGGAGAGAUCACGCUAUAGCAGAGUGGAUGAGUGUAGGGGAGAGGAGAGGAGAGGAGAGGAGAGGAGAGGAGAGGAGAGGAGAGGAGAGGAGAGGAGAGGAGAGGAGAGGAGAGGAGAGGAGAGGAGAGGAGAGGAGAGGAGAGGAGAGGGGUGUGUGAGGCUCUGGAUAUUUUUAACUGGUCAGGGACAGCACAGUGGGAGCAGCCCUGGAUUUGGAAGUUUCCAGAAGGGUGUGUGGUACAGGCAGGAUGGGGUGGAGGGGAGUUCAGGGGUGGAGGUGAAGGGGGUUUGGGGUUAUUUGCUUAUUCUUGGAUCAAUGGCAGAUGCCUCCUUGAGCCCUGAAAAUAAAAACGUUCCUACUGUACAUCUACUACACGCUGUAACACAGUCAUCAUCUGUUCAUCAACAGUUUCUCAUCCCUAACGGUGCCGAGACUCUGGAAAAAAUCGGCUUUUCAUUUAUCUGACUUUCAUUUAUCUGCAUGUCCAGUCCUUAUAUUUAGCCUCACAAUUAAGUGUUUUACCAUUUUCUUUUCAGGACAACGAGUUUGGAGUUUGAUACAGCAACUAUGUGAGCUUAUUACAGUAUUAUAGACACGAUGUCCUGGGAUUUCCUAUGAUCUUCUAUGUAGAAGAACCCCUUACCUUCUAACAACUCAGUAUUAUAGACACGAUGUCCUGGGAUUUCCUAUGAUCUAUGUAGAAGAACCCCUUACCUUCUAACAACUCAGUAUUAUAGACACUAUGUCCUGGGAUUUCCUAUGAUCUAUGUAGAAGAACCCCUUACCUUCUAACAACUCAGUAUUAUAGACACUAUGUCCUGGGAUUUCCUAUGAUCUAUGUAGAAGAACCCCUUACCUUCUAACAACUCUUGUGUAGCUUGUGAGUGUCAUAGAGCAAAACAUGUUACAUAUCAGUGUUCGUGAGAGUCUCAGCUUUUAAUAGUUUUUAGCUCAAACCAUUCGGACUGUACAGAUGUUUUUGUAAAAAGACCCGGUGCAGACCCCUUCGGGAUCCGCCCUUGUCUCACAAAUACCGCUCUAGCUCAACCCCAGUUAAUCACACAGACAAAUGGUUGGUAUCUACGGAUGCAAAAGAAAUAUACGAAUCCAAUGGUACAGAAGUAUGUAGCUCAAACACACAAUGUUUAAAAGGAGUUAGAAGUGCACAACACGCCGGCAUUACGGGGGUCUCAUUGAAAGCAUUCACUCAGUAUGAUAUCAAAAUCAGCUGUUGGCUUUCCUGUAUCACUGUGUGUACUUUACUUUCUACCUUCCUUCAGCAUAAAAUAGCUGUAACAGUAAAGUCGAGUUUCAAGGUGUUUCAUGUAAACUGGCUGCUUGACUGGUUGCUUUUUGUUGCAGUGAGUGGACAUGUCAGUUUUACCUCUGAAAUGUUUUUUGUUUGUUUUGUUAUGUUUUAUACCGCCACUGACUGUAGGCGGUAUCUAAAGGUGUACUGUGGGGGACACCGUAUACUAGGAACACAGAGAGACAGACAGGUAACUGGGCUGUGGUGGUUGUGGUGUUCUGUUAUUCUCCUUAGCUCAGACAUGCUCAUAUCAUGUGAUUCCCUCCUACCCCUUCUUCACCCCACAGAAGGGACGUGUGUUGGGUUAGUUCACAGACAUUUAAAGACUAGGUAAAAUGUACAGCUGUAGAAGUGAAGUAGUACAGUGUGUUGGAGUGGAUUUGGCAUUUGUCUAUGCAGCGUGGCAUGGGUUAAUGUCUGAAAUACCACCUUUAGACUGUGAUUGUAACUCCAGGAGGACCUUGUGUAUACAGUGUGCUUGAAUGAAAAUUAUAAUAUUUUUGAUUUGAAUAAUCGGUUUGCACCAGCAAUGCUUGACGAGCUUGUGCCAUACACCAGGAGUUAACUGGUGACUGAAUAACUUCCGGGUUACUCUUUAACUAACUCUUUCUUUCUCUCUCCCUGUCUUUCCAUCUCUCCUUAUAGUGGUGGACCCACAUGGCAAGACCUCGUCCCCCAUCCUGGAGCAUCCCGGCCCAGCCGACCAGCCUGCCGCUCCACCCCUGCGUCGGAGGAAGGAGCGCCCCCAGGUGCUGAACUUGAGCGAUGCAGAGAUGGCCGGGGUGCUGCGGCCCAGGCCGGGCCGACUGGACAGCCCUAGCAACCGUUACGCCGGGGACUGGAGCCGCUGUGGAGAGCACUACUUCCCCCCUCCUCUGCCCCAGGAGGAGAAUGACUAUGAUGAUGUUCCUUCUGAGGAUAUGGAGGUCACUGAGGAGGGACAGGAAGGAGAGGACAGGGGGCAAGAGUGGGGAGAGGAGCUGAGACAGGAAGGAUUACUGGACAGGGGACAGAAGGAAGGACAGGCAGAGCCACCCACAGCAGAACAUGAGGUGAUGGAGGGACCUGUAGAGAAGGAGGAAGAGGAGAGAGAAGCAGAGAAGGAGAGAGUGGAGGAGAGAGAAGCAGAGGAGGAGAGAGUGGAGGAGAGCGAUGUCUCCAGUGGCGGUCAGCCGUCAGACGACAGAGUGUGUGCUGACGAUGAUGAUGAUGAUGAUGAUGAUGAUGAGAGCAUCCUGCCCCUCCACCUCCCCAAAGAGCACACAUACCAGGCUUACAUGAAGAUCCAGGACAUCAGCCCUGUUCUCAGCAACAGGGUCAACCUGCGAGACCUGCAGGAGAGCAUCGACACGCUCAUAGGCAACCUGGAGAGAGAGCUCAACAAGAACAAUCUCAAAGUUGGCUACUGA